AUGUCCAAGGGCAAUUAUAAACAGGCAGCGUUGGAUCCCUCUAUGAAUGAAAAUCCAGAGAUUUGGGGAGCGCAUGGUUACUAUUUCACCGAGAAUGGUGAGCAUGUCUGGGGUAAUUUGUCUUCUGCUGUUGGGGAGGAAGCUUUCAAACAGGGAUAUAUUAAGGGUGCACCCGACCUUCGGGAGUGGUCUAUUGAUGAAGCUGUCAACUCGCCGGCAGGAUUUGAGGCGGCGAGCUGGGGGAUGAACUCGCGGGGUGUCGCAGAGCGCGCGAGAAAGAUCCUUGGCUGGAAGCCGCAGGAACGGAGCUUGUAUGAGGAGUUGCCAGAUAUUGUGCGAUCGGAGGCUGGCAGACUGGGGCUUUGA